AUGGCGGCGGUCCGGCUGACUGCUGCUGUCGGCUGGAGCAGAGAAUUGGGGUGUGACAACUGUGCUACGGGAACUAAAGCCGUCAUCAAGCUACUGAAUACUGUGAAGAUAACAGAAGAUGAAUUCGAGCAGCAUAUGAUUGUCUUGGGAAAUUGUGUGCAUGAAAAUGUGGCAACGCCGAGGGCGCACCGCUUCUCGGAGAUGACGAAGCUCAUCGUCUAUGAUUACUAUAGCCAAGGAAGUGUGUUUGAUAUGUUGCACGGAGGCAACACAAACGGAAAUAGGCCUAAUUGGGAAAGGCGAGUGAGAAUUGCAGCAGGAGCAGCGCAGGGAAUUGCACAUAUCCACACACAGUGUGGAGGGAAACUAGCCCAUGGAAACAUAAAAUCCUCGAAUAUCUUCGUCAACUCCCAAGGCUAUGGUUGUGUGUGUGAUUUUGGUUUGGCAGGCCUCCCUGGAAUGGCAGCCAAGUGGUGGGAUGCUCUAGAGUACUAUACGUCGGAGCAUAGCUUUAAGAGCCCCUCUCAAGAGAGUGACGUCUAUAGCUUUGGGAUGUUUUUAGUUGAACUUGUUACUGGAAAACUACCUGUGCUACUGCCCUAUCUUGUUAACCUGCUUUGUACAUCUGAACCAGAUACAUUGGAUUUCAAUGUCUUUAAGCCUAGCCUUUUUGCGGAUGAAUUGGGUAGCGUAGAAAUGGAGGUAGGGAAGUUUCCAGCAGAUUCAGAUCUGAAUAGUUGGUGUGUGGAGGAGUUGCGGAGGACGUUGGUGCUUGCAAAGUGGUGCUUGGCUUUGUUGCCACAAGACAGGCCUACCAUGUCUCAAGUGGUGAUACAGCUUCAAAGCAUGAUCAGAUUUGGAUCUGGUGAUGAGAGAGGCCACCAUCACCCCCGACAAGAAGCCAGUUUGGAAUAGAUUUCUCCGAAUUCCAAGAUUCUUACCAUCUACAUAAGCCACAUUUCACUUGUUUAUUUAAUCUUAUUUCCCUGCAUAUAUAUAUCUGGCAACAUACAAGAGAGCUGAGCCAAUUCGCCACCCACUCUGUCAACAACUUAUCAAAAGCCUUGAGCUGGUGCGUCCACAUGGGUAUUUGUCAAGCUUACUCACUCCCUAACUCAUGAUUCCACUCCAUAGAAGCUGGUAAUGCAUUUAUGUGUAUUUUUAUGUACCAACUAGAAAUAACGUGCAUUGUGUUGCACUUUAUUUCAUAUAAAUCAUUGUGCAUAUAAUGAAUGUAAGGCGACCACUAUACACACAUGGUAAGGUUGGAAACAAGGUAAGCACAUGAAACAAGAGGAAAUGCAAAAUUCAACUUUCAAGUCUAGGAAAUAAAGAAU